AUGUACGAUCGGUCCCGAGACCCCGGCCCACCCAAGCUGGUGCUCCGACACACGGGAGCAACUUGCGCACAUAUCGCUGGAAAGACUGGCCGCCGCCCCGCGCAGCCGCACGCCGCGCGACGCACACCGACGGCGGCGGCGAUGGAGGAGCCGCCGCGGCACGAGGACCACGAGGACGACGCCAUCGUCGCCCGAGCGCACGCGCGCUGGGGCCCCCGCGGCUGGAGCAGUAACGUCGCGCGCGGCGUCCGCCAGGCAUCGACGCGCGCGCGCGACUCCGAGGGGAGCCACGCUCGAGAGCGCCGCCUCGACGCCGCCGCCGCAGGUCAUGGACGUGACCGUCGAGAGCGACCGCAAGAUGAGCGACGCGACGUGGCGCGCCGGCGCGACGGCCGUGGUGCGCGUGACGCUCGCCGACGGUGAACCGCAGCGCACCAAGCAAAUUUCGCGGCGCUUCACGGUUGGUGCGCGCGCAGGUAACUGCUACCACGAGGACGUCGGCCACGCGACGGCGACGGGCCGCGACCGCGAGGAGGCGCUCGGCGCGGCCAAGGCGGCGGCCGUGAAGGACGGCAAGCGGCGCGGACGCGGCGUCGCCUCGUCGACGCCGUCAUCACGAAGACUGCGUGGCGGUCGUCACCGGUUCCCUUCGCAGGCGGACGCUGCGCUGCUUCGGCGACCUCGCGGCGGCGCCGUCCCCCGUUACGGCGGCGCCGCGCGCGGCACCGGCGGCGGCACCGGCGGCGGC